GUGUCGUUUCUUCUUUCAUUUUGAUUUUUCAUCGGUGUCGUUCGGAGUGAAUUUUACUGUGGCAUUUAAAAAAUUUAAAAGUAUAUAAAGCGUUUUGAAUUAAAGGAAACAUUUUUGGUGUAUCCAUCGAUACAACACUGUAGAAAAUGUUUGUUUUAUACGAAACGCCGGCGGGCUACGCUAUAUUUAAAUUAUUGGACGAAAAGAAACUUUCAGAAGUAGAUAACCUAUAUUUGGAAUUUCAAACACCGGAAAAAGCCAAUAAAUUAUUGAAGUUGAAACAUUUUGAAAAAUUCAAUGAUACGACGGAAGCUUUGGCAGCAGCUACAGCUGCAGUGGAGGGCAAAAUGUCUAAACCCCUUAAAAAAACAUUGAAAAAAUUGUUCGGCGACGAAGUGCAAUCAUCAUUAUUGGUCGCUGAUGCGAAAUUGGGUAAUGCCAUUAAAGAUAAAUUAGCUGUGCCAUGUGUCUAUAACACUGGAGUUCAAGAAUUGAUGCGUUGCAUACGUCAACAGGCGGAUAGUUUGCUGAGUGGUCUACCAAAACGGGAGAUGACAGCCAUGGCGCUAGGCUUAGCGCACUCUUUGUCUCGCUAUAAAUUGAAAUUUUCUCCUGAUAAAAUCGACACAAUGAUUGUGCAAGCUCAAUGUCUGCUCGACGAUUUGGAUAAGGAGUUAAAUAAUUAUAUGAUGCGUGCACGUGAGUGGUACGGCUGGCAUUUUCCAGAACUUGGAAAGCUUAUUACUGACAAUAUAGCAUUCGUAAAAACUAUUAAAUUAGUGGGCACACGCGAAAAUAUGGCUCAUUCAGAUCUGUCUGAUAUUUUGCCAGAGGAAGUGGAAGAGAAAGUAAAGGAAGCUGCCGAAAUUUCUAUGGGGACUGAAAUAUCUGAAGAAGAUAUUAUGAAUAUUCAAUGCUUAUGCGAUGAAAUUCUUUCGAUUGACGAAUAUAGAACACAUCUGUAUGACUACUUAAAAACGCGAAUGAUGGCUAUGGCACCUAAUUUAACAGUUCUUGUGGGCGAGACUGUGGGGGCGCGUUUAAUUGCGCAUGCUGGAUCGCUUAUUAAUCUGGCCAAACAUCCAUCUUCCACUGUACAAAUUUUGGGUGCGGAAAAAGCAUUAUUCCGUGCAUUGAAAACUAAAAAAGAUACACCAAAAUACGGUUUAAUAUUCCACGCUCAAUUGGUGGGACAGGCCAGUUUGAAAAAUAAAGGUAAAAUGUCCAGAUCACUGGCUGCAAAGGCGUCGCUGGCCACACGUGUUGACGCUUUUGGGGAAGAGGCAAGUUGUGAACUUGGGGCAACACAUAAAGUAAAACUAGAAGCUCGACUGCGAUUGCUGGAAGAAGGCAACAUUCGAAAACUGUCCGGUACUGGAAAAGCUAAAGCUAAAUUCGAAAAAUAUCAAGCUAAAAGCGAGGUGUUUACUUAUCAGCCUGAAGCCGACAGUACAUUGUCUGUCAAAAAACGUAAGCAUUCGGAAUCAUCACCUGCCGAAAAUAAAGAUGAACCAAUAGCAGAAGCUGAUGAAGUAACUAAAGAUGAAGAAACGAGUGGAGUAGAAAAGAAAAAGAAAAAGAAGAAGAAGAAUAAGCAUCAAGAUGAAGAGCAAACAGAGGCUCCACCUGCAAAAAAGAAAGCUAAAAAUAAGGAGCCGGACUCUGAUUAGCUUUUUUAAUUUUAGUGCUAUAUUUUAGGUUUAAUAUUUAGAUGUACAAAGUGUUUGUUUAUAAGCAUACAUAUGUAAGUACAUAUUAUUAUACUUUUGAUGAGUAAUUGUAGCUAUACAAUAAAAUGUAUUUUACUUGAUUUUUUAAAAAAGUA